CUUUUCUUUUGUGUUCUACAAAAGAAAGAAAGUCAUACAAGUUUAAAAUGACAUGAAGAAAACUCAUGACAGAUUUUUUUAAUUUUUGUGUGUGAAUUAUUCCUUUAAGAAAUGUUUUACAACGUAAUUUUGGUCAAAUUAUACAAAUAUACGAGUGAUUUUUAAGCAAGUCACUUAAAUGCAGUGCUUAAAAAGUGCAACUGGCAGGUGAGCACUCACAAUGAGCUAGUUUAAGACUUUUAAUACUUAAUUUUAUAGUUAAUGACUGUCUAAACCAGGAGAAAAAUCCCAGUAAAGCGCAGGCUCAGCCCUCAGAAGUCUAGAGAGCGUCACUCUGGAUACAGAAACAAUCAAAACCCAAACAAAUCUGAGCUGCAUCACUAACCAGCAGCUAUGCUUCUAUUGAACAUGUGUGGUUCGUUAUUACAUUUCUGAAAUGGCGAUUUCUCAUGAACAAGGAAACAUGUGGCGCCAUCCCUCAGCAGACUUCAGCGUGUCCAAAAUUAGGUAUUAUUCCAGACACAAAGGAGAGGUGGAUGUUGUGUUGUCGUGUGUGCGUGUCUCAGGUGAACUGCUGCGCGUUCUCACCUGACUGUCACGUUCUGCUCACGUGCUGUGAUGACGCCAGACUGUACCUGUGGAGCGCCACCAGUGCAAAACACCUGGCCACAUUCAGCGGACACUCAGGUCCUGUGAAAUCCUGUGUUUUCUCUUCGGAUGGUCAGCUGUUUGCGAGUGCGUCUCACGACCGUACGGUCAGAAUCUGGAGCCGCUCCAGCACUGAAUGCACACACAUACUGACAGCUCACAGCGGGAGUGUGGAGACGGUGAGCUUCAGUCCGGACGGUCAGAGGCUGGUUUCGGGUGGAUGGGACAACAGAGUACUCAUCUGGAGGGUUCAGAGCGGUGAGAUGCUGGAGGAUCUGCGGGGUCACACUGCAGCUGUCCAGAGCAGUGCCUUCUCAUCAGACUCACAGAGUGUGGCCACGGGCUCCUGGGAUCGGACCGUGAGAGUCUGGAAACUUCUUGAGGAAAAAGAGGCUGUGACAUUACAGGGGCACCUGGGAAACGUGGCCUGUCUCUGUUUCUCUGUCCGUGGGACGCUGGCCUCAGGCUCAUGGGACGGCACAGUGCGUGUUUGGUCACCAAUGCAUCACGCGUGUCUGUUUGUGUUGGGAGGUUGUGAGCGUGUUUGGGUCAGGAGUCUAGCUUUCUCCAGAGACGGACUGGUUUUAGCAUCCAUCGCUGAAGGCGACAUGGUGAGGAUCUGGGAUGUGACCUCUGGAGUCUGUCUGAAGAGGCUGCAGGGUCACAAGGACUCGGCAUACGGCUGUGUGUUCACUCCUGAUGGGAAGCUUCUCACCAGCGGUUCUGAGCAGCUGGAUGUUGAAGAGGAGAGAAGUGAAAGUUUAAACACAGAACAGAACAGGACAGUAAAGAGUGACCACGAGGACGGCCAGGACAUCAUGACCCACGGUGAAUGAAAGCAGCUGUGGAACUGCAUCCUGUUUUACUCAGAUAAUCAGCGAUUAUAAACUCACAGACAUCAAUGGCUGCAGUGAGGUCUUCUGCACGUCUGAAUCAACAUGUUUAUGAGAUGAGCAUCACAAUGUCAUAACUUUCAGUUUGGGUGCAUAAGGAUUGAAUCGUUUUGUGAUUGUUGGCAGUUUGUAUGCAUUUUUAUUUUUUGUACUGUUUAGGAGGUAAUCACCUUGUUUUUCACCUUGCAAAAUUAAGCUGUUAUCUGUCAAUAUGUGAUAUUUCUGAUCAAUUAUUUAAUAUUUUACUGUAAACUAGUGUUUAUGGUAAUAAAUGUAAAUUAUAAAUAGCAGUUUGCAACAUCAAGCAGCAAAACAGACUAUUUUGAUACUGCAUUAGUAACUCGAAGUGGAUGACAAUGGAAGGAUUUUAAUGAUACUAUGAUACAAUAUUAUAUUAUAUAAACAUUUUCAUGUAUUAACCAUAAAGGCUGUGUGAAAACAGGUUAUCAAA